ACUCCGUGCAAUCCGUCAUCAUACUAGUGCGAUGUAAAUUAUGCUGAGAUUUGUGUGAUUAUUAUUUGCCAAACAAAGCGGAAUGAAAAGUAAUGAGCAGCAGCAUCGAAAACCACACGCACAAUUUUGGCAGCGACAGUGUUUUUCCAUCGUAGGGUAGAUGCAUUCGUUACCGUGUUCUGUCGUUUUCUGCUCCAUUCAAUCACCUAACCAGCGUGCGCCUUGCCGUGGCUAGUGCAUCCAUCCACCCGGGAAGGGGUAUCUAGGGAGGCCCCAAAGGCCAACUCAUACAUCGUUUGUUUUAUCUUCUGUCUUUAGGUAAAGCAUCGUAGCAAAGAAAUCGUUCCAUCCUUGAUGUGUUUUUGGAGGCCCGCAGGAUCGCUACUCUCAGUGCCAAAGCGAAUAGGAUACGUCUUCGUACCGCCAACCUCGAAGCUAGCAGUAGAAGCAGCAGCAGCAGCAACGACAAUAGCCGAAACGGAAUCAGCACACGCAACCGCAUAUCAUGCCCUGUCCGGGGUUGAAGGUCUCGCAUGUGAUAUUUGUGAUCGUCAUAUUGAUAACGAUUAUUUUCUACUCAUCACUCAAUGGUCGAAAUUUUAUCCUUGACCCGCGGCGGCACUUGAACCACCGGAAGAACGACCCGAAUGUGCUACCCAACCGGACGAUCUCACCGACCGCUGCCGAUAAGGCGCUACUAGUGGCGCCGCUGCCGGCGCUCAAGCGAGAAAAGUGUAAUGUUUUCCAAAUAGUGAUACAGGGCUGUGGCUUUAGUGUGCUCAACAAAACGCUAGAGAACGCGCACCAGCAGGAGAAGAACUAUACACAGCUGCUGCUAGCACAGCAGAAAGAGCAGUUUCAGCAGCAACAACAACAGCAGCAGCAGCAGCAAGAGCAGGAGCAGGAAAGUGCUCCUGAGCACGUGGACAACAUACAGCGAAUACCGAACCCGUCCGCAGCGAAAAGAUCGGCCCAGGGGUCGCCCUCGUCGGCUUCUUCAUCGUCGUCAUCGUCGGUGGUGCCACAGAAACCGCAAACGGCGGCCCCUGAGCCGGACGGGGAGAAGGUGAUUAAAACGCGAGACCUUUACCAUUCGGGGCAUCUACCAGACGCUGCGUGUGUGACGAAUCUCUGCCCAAACAAUGGCACUGACGUGACGCUGCUAAUUCUCGUCACUUCCGCACCGACGCACCGUGAGCAGCGUCUCGCCAUUCGCCAAUCCUGGGGUCACUACGGUAGCCGGCGAGACAUCUCGAUCGGAUUCAUUGUCGGCCAAACGAAUGAGGCACGUGUAGAGGACCAGCUGGCGGCCGAGAGCUACAUGUACAGCGAUCUGAUCCGCGGCAACUUCAUCGACAGCUACCGCAAUCUCACCCUGAAAACUAUCUCUCUGCUCGAGUGGACAAAACUGCACUGCCCAAAUGCCUCCUUUUUGCUGAAGACGGACGACGACAUGUUCAUCAACGUGCCGAAGCUGCUGCAGUUCAUGGAGUCGCACAACAGCCAGCGGAGGACGAUAUUCGGUCGGCUGGCGAAAAAGUGGAAACCGAUACGGAACAAAAAGUCCAAGUACUACGUCAGCCCCGAACAGUAUUAUCCGCCCGUUUUUCCGCCCUUUACCACAGGCCCCGCGUAUUUGAUAACGGCCGAUAUCAUCGGCGAGAUGUUCGAAAAGUCACUUAGCCAAACCUACCUGAAGCUCGAGGAUGUCUACACGACGGGCAUCGUCGCGCAGCUGCUGAACAUUCAUCGCGUUAAUGUGAAGGAGUUUCUCAACCGGCGGAUUGCGUUCAACCAGUGUAACAUCAAGAAGGCCAUCAGCAUCCACAUGGUCAAGAACAACGAGCAGCUCGACUUGUGGAAGAAGCUGAUCGACAUCAGUGUCACGUGCACGUAGAAGUAUUUGACCUUAUAUAUUUCGUAUUGGUUUUGCUCAGUUUUAUUUCAUCACGAUCCCUCCAAAAACCCCCUUUAUCCCCGAAUCAAACGAACAUCACGUAAUCGCUAGCGAACGGAUAAUAAAUUUACUUCUUUUUAAUGUUAAUUCUUACUUCUACCAUUACAAUUCUACCAUGAAACAUAUUUAAAAGAAAACAUACAAAAAAAAAAAUAUGUACAUGAUUCAUAAAACGAUAAAACACACAGCCAAGAACAAGAAGAGCAACCUGCCUUGCUGAAAU